AAGCGUUACAUUUUUCGGGGGGGAACCUACGCUUCCUCCCUGUCUCUCUCCGUCUCUGUCCGAAGAAGAUGCAAGCUUCGACAUCGACGCUCGAACGAUGAGCACGUCGUUCUUGAUCGCCCGAAGGUGGUCCCUGCUCGUUCGAUGUCCGCUUCCGACGCCGGCGCCGGCGAUCGGAGGAGGAGCGACGGCGGCAAUGGCCGCAACUUCACGGUGUCCGGAAAGGUCCCGUCGUUCUCCAGCCUCCUCUCCUCCGCGCGCUGGAGGCGGUCCCGCGCCAAGAACGACGGCGGGGUGUGCGACUCUUGCGGCGGCCCCGUCGCUGCUGGGAUGGACUCCGGAUCCUCGGGGAAGAAGAGGGUCGUCGGCGGCGGCGGCUGUCUUGGCCGCGCCUUCUGUGUCGGCAGGCCCAGGGCGCUGGAAGCGCCGGUGGCGUCCCGCUCAAGCGACCCCAAUGAUCCCGCAUUCAGUCAGGAGAUGAUGAGGGCUUCGUUGGAAAAGAACGAUUUCUACUCCAAGGAAUGCAAUCCCCACUUGAGUCGUUGACUUUGGGGGGCGGUCUUGCUUGAGUCACAGUUGAUGAGGUUCUGAAAAAAAGUUCGCUUCUUUAUUCGGGGUCCUUGGCGGCGGGUAACGGCUGAUGAGUUUUAGAUUAAUUGUGUCUGUGUUUGGGUAAUUGAUGAAUGGAUUUGAGUGGUUGGUGGCAAUGCGGCAUGAUUAGGAAGACAGAGGCUCUGAAUUUUUUAGAUGGUUUUAGUGUACGGUGUCAAAUGGUCACUUCGGGUUGAUUGUUCAACAGGGAAGCUGAAUGUGUAAAGUAUGACUACGGAGGGUUGGUUGUUUGAACAUUUCAAUGACAGCAUUAUGGGACUAGGAAUAAUGGGGAAAAGAUUUGGUUUGGAUGGAAUCGAAUUCAGUAUUAAUCGAUGAUGUUGCGGAUCGAUUGAUGACUGAUAGUUUGGAUGGAAUUCGUUGAAAAAACUUGGUUUGAAUGCAAUAAUGUGUGUAGUGACUUUGAGCUCAUGGAUUGACGUCAGUGGUGUUGCAAAUCGAUGAUGACUCGUAGUUUCUUCGACAGUUUAUUUAGACGGCUUGUCUUUCUGCAAUUCAGUGGAGUGGGCACUUACCGAGUUCUUUCGGCAGUUCAAUGGAUUAAAAACUCACUGAGUUUGGGUUUUCAGUGAGUGGCUUUGAGUGUUUUAUGGCAAUGCGGCAUGAAUAGGAAGACAAAGACUAUGAAUUUUCAGAUGGUUUUUGUGUACGGUGCCAAAUUGUCACUUGGCUUGAUUGUUCAUUAGGAGAGGUGAAUGUGGAAAAUUCGAGUAUGAAGGGUCGGCCGGUUUGAACAUUUCAGUGCCAGCAGUAUGGGAAAUAGGAGUCAUGGCAAAACAUUUGGUACGGAUGGAAUGAAAGUUAAGUUAAGACUCUUAAGACUUAUCCAAUUGCCUAUGCAAAUCAACGAGGCAUCCUAAUUUCUUCGAACUUCAUUAAAACUGCUUGUCUCUCAGCAGUUUGAAGGAGUGGACGAGUUAGAUGCAGUUGGGGGGACUACUGGGAAAUCGGAUGAUUUCUUCAAGAAAAAGGGUGUACUCCAGCUUCACUGACGCUGAAUUUUUUUAUUUGUUUGGUGGUGUGACUUUGAUAGUCUGUUGAUACCACUUGAAGUAUCAUGAGACUGGGUGUUUCUGAGAGGAAAAAUUUGUUUUUAGUGCCUGUUGUUCUUCCUCCUUUCCCUAAAGAAGAAACAGAAAUAGAUGUUUUAACGCAAUAAACGAGUAAACCAUUAUGAACAUAAUAAUCUUCUUUUUGGACCUAA